AUGACGAGUUCGCUUCCACCGCUCGCACAGGCCGGCAGCGGCUCCCUAGGAGCAGUCGUCUCAAACGCCCUCGUCUUCCCUCUCGAUACCCUCACGACACGGCUCCAGACGUCGAAGCGGUCGGCAAAGAAGGCGGGUUCUGCGUCUCGUGGAGGAUCUUACAACUCGCUGUCGGCGGCAGUGCGAACGAUCUACCGCCAUGAGGGGCUGUCGGCCUUCUACAGCGGACUCGGACCCGACUCCCUCUCGACCGCCCUCUCCCAGUUCCUCUACUUCCUCGCCUACUCCGCCCUACGAGAUCGCUUUCAGGCGCGCAAGCAGCGCCAGCAGCCGGCGACGACAGGAGCGGGCAAAGAUAAAAAGUCGAGCGGUCUGCCUCUGUUGAGCGCAUUCGAAGAACUCGCGAUCGGCUGUCUCGCGGGCAUCUUUGCCAAGGGCGUCGUUUCGCCACUGUCAAUGAUCACGGUGCGGGCUCAGACGUCGAGCGAGCCGAGGCAGGAAGUCGUUGGGGGGAAGGAAGGCGACAAGCGGGCGGUCGAAUCGGACGACUCGGGAGACGAGGACGACGGCGGGUACGGACGUGCGCCGAGUGCGUUGGCGAUCGGGAAGGAGAUCUACCAGGAGCAGGGCCUCUGGGGAUUUUGGUCCGGCUUCGGCUCGACUGUCAUCCUGUCCAUCAACCCCGCCAUCACCUUCUACGGCUUUGCAGCCCUCAAGCGGCUCUUACCAAAGAAGAACCGCGAGCACCCGACGCCGGCGCAGACCUUCCUCUGCGGAGCCCUGGCCAGCGCCAUUGCCAGCGCUCUCACCUACCCGCUCAUCUUGGCAAAGACCCGGAUGCAGUUCAAGUCUCCGACCGGCCGCGCCCUCUACCGCUCGCAAUUCGACGUCUUCCGCAAGACCAUCACCAAGCAGGGCGUCGCGGGCUUGUAUCAAGGCGUCGAGAGUCAGCUGCUCAAGGGCUUCUUCAGCGAGGGCGUCAAGCUGCUCGUCAAGGACCGCAUCGAGCUCCUCAUUGUCCUCGCGCACCGGAUGCUCGUUCAGCAGGGCAGGAUCGCGGCAUAG